AAUUUGCCUAAUUCAUCACGCGAGUAAUCACGACCAGUAUUAUGGUCGGUAAGUGUAAAUCUACUUGUGGAUUUCCUAGCAACACACUGAUUGGUAUCAGUUUAUUUACUCUGAGGAGGGGACUUCUAAGCGAGAAACAAAUUUAUCAACGCUCGAGGUAUCGAAGGAGAGACGCUUCUUAUAGUUGUGUUCACCGUUCGCAGAAAGAACAAUUCAACCGAAAGGAUUUCUGUAUCAAGCAAACCAAAGAAUACACAUUCUUUCCCCCUAAGACCUCGACGGUAGGAACCCUUCCGUACCACCGUCAUGCCGGAAGGGAACGUGAUCCAAUCAUGGCAGAAAAUGGUAGAAUCAGAAGUUAUUAUCAAAGUGCUAGUUAUUUUUGGGUUUGUCUUCUUGUUGUGGCAAUGGAAUUUUUUGGAAGAUUUGCAAGACAGCAAUGAAUUUUACCCAGAUGGUCUUGAUAAAUGUCCCCCAGACACUUACACUAUUCAAGAAGAUAACAGCAGAAGGGUCAAAUGUUUCGCUUGCCCUGUAUGUCCUCUUGGAGAGGAACCUUCAGCACCAUGUGGUAUCGCAGUGGAUACAAAACCUGCUAGUGAAUGCAUACCUUGCAAACCAGGAACAUAUUCAGACAAGGUCGACAGUAGGUCCUGCAAGAUAUGCAGUGUUUGUGAAUUCAGAAACGCCAUAAGUUCUUGCACAUUAGCGAAAAACACAGAAUGCCAGGACUGUCCAAAGAGAUACUACGAAGAUGAAAAAACACAUAGAUGCAAACCUUGCUAUGUUUGUUGUCCAAAAAGUUAUACGGUCCUGAAAGAAUGCUUGAUAUCAAAAAAAUGCAAAGAGGGUUGCGCACGGUCGACAAAUGUAAGAAAAUAUUUCAAGAAAAAGAUUGCAAGAUCUGCGAAUGCUACUUACAACGAAGCUCUUAUGAAACAGCACACCAAGUCACUGAAGCAAAGUAAUCUUAGCAAAUUUGACCACUUGAACUCCAGCGAUAAAAAUGUUUCAUUAACCAUAGUAAAACGAAACUUGAAGGCCGAAGUUGAAUUAAAAAGGGACCAGUCUUCGCAUAACACGGUCAGCCAAACGGGAAACAAUUCCGAAUGGGAUAUCGAUGAACUAGAAAAAUUAUAUUUUCUUGAGGUUCCUGACAUUACGAAAUUAGAGAAGGAGGAGGGUGACCAAGAAAUUACGGACCAAGAUAAAAAUUCAAACCAUCCUUCAACUCGGAAAAAAAAAUUAAACGGGGCCAAAAUUCGUGCGGUUAAAGUAGAGGAGCGGGUUUCUUCCCAAACGUCACUUGGAAAAAAUUACAUCACUCUUCAACCAACUGCGGCUGCACCGAAAAAAGUAACAGAUUUGGGACAAGUGACACCACACAAUGACGCUGCACCAAAUGAAUUCCUGAUCUCGGCCCUUGGCAGCUUUACCGGAACGAUAUUUGCCGCCGUUUUUCUAAUACUUAUGGGACUACUUAUAUUUUCCCAAUACAAAAAGCAUGUUUGCAAGAUGUUACAUGACCGUAAGAAGUUAAAAAGAACGACAUCAGACUCCUCAGACACUCAAAGUACAGGUGAAACCUCGGACAGUGCAGAAGGAGAAACCACCAAGCUGACUUACGAGGAAGCAAGCACCGUCACAGUGUCACAGGGUCUACGUUUGUCUGAGCUGCCUCCAGACCUUGAAAACCUACUUGCACAGAGGCUUGACGUCCGUCGCAAGGGCCAAUACGGUUGGCAGAAAAUUGGCGCUGCAUUUAAGAUAAGUAAACACGUGCUACAGCAGUUGAAGAAUGAAUACAAAAAGGAUAACGGAAGCCCUACAUGCGCACUCAUGUCAAUACUUGGAGCCUCAAAAUGCACCAAACUCUCUGAUCUCCUGAAAGUACUGAACAGUCGUAAUGUCAAUCGUCCUGAUGUCGCACGCAAGGUCAAACGGUAUAUCAGAAAAGCCAAUAAAUCUCAGUAAAAUCAUGUUUGUCUUGCGUUUGAUACGUUAAAUUUGAGUAAUGACCUUUCUCAGUUGUCGUUAGCUAUUAGUUUCAUUUUCUCGUAAAAGAAGCUGGUCUAUAUGCAGAACUUCUCGAGAAAAGGAAAACAUAACUUCCUAACGAAAACUGUGAUAUACAUAAGCACAAUAAGAUAUUUAUUCGAAAAGAAAAGUUUUUAUAAUAUCGUAAGUGUCCUUCUGGUUAAAAAUUUGUCGGCAGUGAAUGUGAAUUUCUACAUACGAUUAAAGCUUUCCGAAGGAAACGAUGUUUGAAAGACAACUGUAAGAAAAGAAGAAAGUGAAUGCCCUGGAGCUUUUACUCGAGGCAAGCUAGAUUACAUAUGGCCUUCUACAACUAUUUUCAAAACUAUAAAAGCAUUCUGAACAAGAAUGUAAUAGUGAGAAGAUUCAUACUUGAACAUGUAUUUUCUCCGAUGAUAUUUUCUAUAUUAAUUUUGCUUAUGGUAAUGAACUGCGAAUAGUCCUUAUAACAUAUAGUUGUCAAUUAAGAAGAGUUUGUAAACGUAUAUACACAAAAAAUUUAAGAAUGCAAGUUUUAAAAAUAUGUUUUUUAAUGAUGUUGGUUUAACAAAGGAGCACAGCCUUAUCAUUUUUACCCAAGAAUAAAGUUAAAAUAACGGCUGAAACUGAAUUUACGCAAGGUAACUUAACAAAAUAAAUACUAUCAGUUUUUA